UACAGAGGCGAGUAUAUAUGCAUGGUAGACCGAUUUGCAUUGGCCCCCGAAACUCUUGAGCGGGCGCCGAUUCCGUGGUCGCUUUAGACGAUUUUGCUUACAAAACCAGCCGCUUGGAAGAUCUGAUCGGCGAUAGCUAAGCGCAAGAUGCAUGCCACCAUCUCAGGAAAACAAAGAUGCAUAUCUCCCCCGCUGCCGCCGGCAACCCGGAGCCCUAGGGUUUGCUGGGAAACGAUGCAAGGAGAUUUGGUUCGGCUGGUCGCGUCGCGCUUGCUGGCCGGCGAUUUACUGGAUUACGUCCGUUUCCGUGCUGUCUGUGUGCAAUGGCGAUCAGAGACUCUCUGCCCGCGUGGCCGGGGCGUCGUUGAUCCACGUUUCCACCCGCGCCGCUGGACGAUGUUCCCCGAGGGCCGUGGCCUUUAUCCUGGACACCCCGGGCUGGGUGACUAUGUCCGCUUCUUCAACCUAGACUCAGGUGUCUUUGUCCGUGUCCGCCUCCCGCUGUUUACCAACCAUUGUAUUCUUGAUUCGGUCUACGGCCUACUCCUCCUCCAGAGGGAUGAAGACACAGCCGUCCGUCUCCUCCACCCUUUCACCGGUGACAUCGUUGAGCUUCCACGGCUCACCACCCUGGUCUCGCAGAAGCCCGAGGGAGGAGCUUGGCCCCUCGAGAUCAAGACGAUGAGAUACAUCUCUACUAGUGCUUCCUUUGUUGCAGGAGCUGUCACUAUUUUGAUUACCUUCAAUUUGUAUUUUUGUGGGGCUGUUGCUACCUCUCUAGAUACGCAAUGGACGAUGCUAAGUUGGACAUGCCCAGGGUCAUAUAUCAAUGGACCUCUGCCAUUACACGGAAAGAUAUACGAUGUUCCGGCCUUCUUCGAUGAUACGAAUAGUGCACCUCGGAUUUUUGAGAUGGACGUAUGCCACUAUCAAGACCCACCAAAGUUGAUCUUCACAGGCCCGAUAGAGAAACCCCUACAGGCUUGCCACCUGGUAGAGUAUGGCUCGGAGAUCUUAGUGGUUGCACACGACGAUGAUCAACUAUCCCAUAUGACGGUUUAUAGGCUCGCUGACCUUGUCUUGGGAAAGUUCAUUCCGAUGACAGACAUCGGAGAAAACGCUAUCUUCAUGGGACCAAGGAGUAUCUGUGUUUCUUCCAGGGCAUUUCCUAUGGUGAAGGCUAAUACUAUCGUGUAUUUCCGUCCACAAAAGCACCGUUUUGCGCAAUACAACAUCGGUCGUCGCACCUGGUCAUUAGCUAUGGAUCGGUGUAGCAUAAAUGGCCGAACACAAGGCCCUCGUAGCAUUGUAUGUCAUAUCUUGACAUGCUGCUCUCACCAGCAUUGGAACAAAGGAGAAGAUUACACGUAUACGUUAACAGGAGGUCCAUCACCCGAGUGGAAAGUGAAAGAAGAGUUUCGAGCUGGCGUAAUGGCCUAAGUGACAUACGUGUACCCAAAGCUAGUGAUGGACGACAUUCAUCCAUGCAAUUCGAAGAAGAGAGGAGUUUUUGUUGAUAAAGGAAGUAUGUUACUGGAAUAUACUCCCUUCGUCCGAAAAUACUUGUCAUCAAAAUAGAUAAAAAGAGACGUAUCUAGAACUAAAAUACAUCUAGAUACAUCCCAUUUUAUUCAUUUUGAUGACAAGUAUUUUUGGACGGAGGGAGUACAAAGAAGAGAGAGAAGUUUUACGGAUUCUCAGCGGCGAGAUUGCUCUGGGGUGAGAUCCAUCAGGCGGCAAGCAAUUUGAGGCGGCCAUGGAGAGCAUAGCGACAACAACUUAAUUUUGUUACAUAUUUUAUGAGAUAUGAUCUACCGUGUAAGAUGGAAUGUUCGAUGGUUACUUCACUUUUGUUAUCUGUCAAAGAUAUUUGGAGGAGAAUUGGUGUCAGAGUCCCUGAAGAUGGGAGUUGUUAACUUGUUAUAUUUUUAUUUGUACUAUUUGAAACUUCUACUCCUUCCUUUUCAGUUUA